AUGUCAGUUUUGAAAUCCCUAACAGCGUGGAGCCCGCCUCUGGGAGACCACACCAGCGCCAAAGCUGCACACCCAGACCUCAGUGGGCGGGGCCGCGCCGACGCCGACGCCGACGCUCGCAGCGUCACUUCGGCACCGCCCUUCGUGGGGUGUCGCUCUGCCUGCUCCGGGGGAGUGAGUUGGCAGGAGGACCCAGGCUUGUGCGGGGCGGAAGUGGGCGGGGCGGGCCCGUGCGGAGCCGCCCGCGGGCGCUACCUGGCCGAGCUGGAGGCCGCGGGGGAGCGGGGCUCUGGCGGCCCCCGAGGUCCCGGGGAGCGGGCUUCAGGGCUGUCCGCGGCGGCUCCGGGGGAGCGAAGCGGCGAUGGUGCCCCGAGCCAGGCGGCACCUGGGGCCUCGGCCAUGUUCGCGGGGCUGCAGGACCUGGGUGUGGCCAAUGGCGAGGACCUGAAGGAGACCCUGACCAACUGCACCGAGCCGCUCAAGGCCAUCGAGCAGUUCCAGACAGAGAAUGGCGUGCUGCUGCCCUCCCUGCAGUCGGCACUGCCCUUCUUGGACCUGCAUGGGACGCCACGGCUGGAGUUCCACCAGUCGGUGUUUGAUGAGCUGCGGGACAAGUUGCUGGAGCGAGUGUCCGCCAUCGCUUCGGAGGGGAAGGCUGAGGAGAGGUACAAGAAGCUGGAAGACUUGCUGGAGAAGAGCUUUUCCCUGGUCAAAAUGCCAUCUCUGCAGCCAGUGGUGAUGUGCGUCAUGAAACAUCUGCCAAAGGUUCCUGAGAAGAAGCUGAAGUUGGUGAUGGCUGACAAGGAGCUGUACCGCGCCUGCGCGGUGGAGGUGAAGCGGCAGAUCUGGCAGGACAACCAGGCGCUCUUUGGAGAUGAAGUGUCCCCACUGCUGAAGCAGUACAUCCUGGAGAAGGAGAAUGCCCUGUUUAGCGCAGAGCUGUCUGUCCUGCACAACUUCUUCAGCCCUUCGCCCAAGACCAGGCGCCAGGGUGAGGUGGUGCAGAAGCUGACCCAGAUGGUAGGGAAGAACGUGAAGCUGUAUGACAUGGUGCUGCAGUUCCUGCGCACGCUCUUCCUGCGGACCCGGAAUGUGCAUUACUGUACACUGCGGGCGGAGCUGCUCAUGUCCCUGCAUGACCUCGAUGUGGGUGACAUCUGCACUGUGGACCCCUGCCACAAGUUCACAUGGUGCCUGGAUGCCUGCAUCCGAGAGCGGUUUGUGGACAGCAAGAGAGCCCGGGAACUGCAGGGAUUUCUUGAUGGUGUAAAGAAGGGGCAGGAGCAGGUUCUGGGAGACCUGUCCAUGAUCCUUUGUGACCCCUUCGCCAUUAACACGCUGUCACUGAGCACCAUCAGGCACCUGCAGGAACUGGUCAGCCAGGAGAUGCUGCCCAGGGACAGCCCCGACCUCCUGCUCCUGCUCAGGCUGCUGGCGCUGGGCCAGGGGGCGUGGGACCUCAUCGACAGCCAGGUCUUCAAGGAGCCCAAGAUGGAGGUGGAGCUCAUCACCAAGUUCCUGCCGAUGCUCAUGUCCUUUGUGGUGGAUGACCACACAUUCAAUGUGGACCAGAAGCUUCCAGCCGAGGAGAAAGCACCAGUCAUGUACCCCAACACGCUUCCUGAGAGCUUUACCAAGUUCCUGCAGGAACAGCGCAUGGCCUGCGAGGUUGGGCUGUACUACGUCCUGCACAUCACCAAGCAGAGGAACAAGAAUGCACUGCUGCGCCUGCUGCCGGGGCUGGUGGAGACCUUCGGUGACCUGGCCUUUAGUGACAUCUUCCUCCACUUGCUGACUGGGAGCCUGGCCCUACUGGCUGAUGAGUUUGCCCUGGAAGAUUUCUGCAGCAGCCUCUUUGAAGGCUUCUUCCUCACUGCCUCACCCAGGAAGGAGAAUGUGCACCGGCAUGUGCUGCGUUUGCUGCUCCACCUGCAUGCCAGGGUGGCCCCAUCCAAGCUAGAGACCCUGCAGAAGGCCCUGGAGCCUACAGGCCAGAGCGGAGAGGCUGUGAAGGAGCUCUACUCGCAGCUUGGGGAGAAACUGGAGCAGCUGGACCACAGGAAGGCCAGCCCUGCACAGGCUGCCGAGACGCCCGCGCUGGAGCUGCCCCUCCCCAGCGUGCCUGCCCCGGCGGGGCUGUAGGUCUAGGCUCCGUGGGAGCUGCGCCUCAGGGAUGCAGUCCCAGCAGCCAGGGCCCGACUCUGUCCACCUGGAGCUGGUCCUGGCCUUUGCCGCCCACCGUGGCACCUGCUCGCUGACCUGGGCCCGGCGCUCUGGCCUAGGCUGUGCGACUUUCGCUGACCUUGAGGAGAAGGAUGUGAGGAUUCAGGGAGGGUGGGUGUGGAUGCUGUACUGGCCAGAGCAGGGGCUGGGGCCACAGUGUUCACAGGCUGGAGGGGCCCUGGGCAGCAGCCUUGUGUGCACUGUCCCUGCAGCCCUGCCUCAGUUUACUCACUGACAGCUGCUUGCUCAGCUGCAGUGCGAUCCUGUGUGGGGUGGUGAAUGGGUGCAGGAAGGUCUCUUGUGUGUAAAUAAAAGACAUUUUGGUAAA